AUCACACGGUCACACGUACCCUGCAGCCCGUACCCUAUAGUUAUGCUUAUGGUUACUCCAUUUGCAUCAAAAAACAAAAAUAGUGAAUGAGAAAGUGGUCAUUGGUCAGGACAGGAAGAAGAAGUAUUCAAGUUCAUUGCAAUAUCUCAAAUAUCUUCCAUUCAGAUAAUUAUUAAAAUAGUGUACAGUGAAAUUCCAAAGCAAAGUUAUAAUAAAAUCCAUUAAAAGAUAAAUUGUUUUUCUAUACCUACAACUUCUUCCUUUUUAAUUUCAAGUCUUCUGUAAUAUUUACACAGCUUCUGCUGAGAAGUUAUGUCGAUGCCAAUGAACAAUGUCGGACAGGGCGGAUACGUUCCGCCGGGAUUUGGAGCAGGGUAUCCACCGCCGAAUGCCAACCCUCAACAAGAUAAUGGAAGUAAUGUUGGAUUCAAGCCUCCUGGCGGUUAUGCUCCUGUUCCUCAAUACGGUCAAGACCCACCACCAUAUAUGGGCAAUCAACCUCCCUAUAUCGGAAACCAGCCACCUUAUGGCGGCUCAGCACCACCAUUUAAUGGUCAACAACCUCCUCCGCCUCAAGGUUUUGGACAACAGCCACCUUAUGGUGGACAACAGCCUCCUUAUGGUGGACAACAGCCCCCCUAUGGUGGACAACAGCCUGCCUAUGGUGGACAUCAACCAGGAUAUGGUGGUUAUGGGCAACAACCUAUAGUUAAUCAACCAACAGGACCAAUGCCGCCACCAGGAGCUGUUGGGCCCGGCGAUUGGAUGACUAUACCCGCUGGAGCUCCGAAUUGUCCGCGCGGAUUGGAGUACCUUAUGACUAUCGACCAACUCUUAGUUAAACAAAAAGUCGAACUGCUCGAAGCAUUUACUGGAUUCGAAACUAAUAAUAAAUUCUCCAUUAAAAAUAGUUUAGGUCAAAAAGUUUAUUUUGCUGCUGAGGAAAAUGAUUGUUGCACACGUAAUUGUUGUGGUCCCGCCCGUCCAUUUGAAAUGAGAAUCUUUGAUAAUUAUAAAAAUGAAGUUAUACAUUUGAGUCGUCCAUUGGCAUGUGAUAGUUGUUGCUUCCCGUGUUGUUUGCAAACGCUUGAAGUUUCCGCACCACCAGGCAAUUUGAUUGGUUCAAUUGAACAAGAAUGGUCUAUAUGUUCGCCAUCAUUUAAAAUUAAGAAUCAACGAGAUGAAACUAUGCUUCGUAUUGAGGGACCAGUUUGUACUUUUUCAUUGUGUGGUGAUGUUGAAUUUCAGGUGGUUUCAUUGACUGGAGAAAAAGUUGGAAAGAUCUCAAAACAAUGGUCAGGACUGGCAAGGGAAAUGUUUACCGAUGCAGAUUUCUUUGGAAUUAAUUUCCCAAUGGACUUGGACGUUCGCAUGAAAGCUGUCCUCCUUGGAGCCACAUUCCUUAUUGAUGCAAUGUUCUUUGAAAAAUCAGGAAAUCGAGAAACUGACAGACCAGGAAUGUUUUAAAGUAACAAAAAAGAGCAAACAGCACAAAUGGCUUUAAUUGUCUUCUAUAUAGAUGUGAACUUACCGAAAGCACAAUAUACUUUUUUGUAUUUUUGUAUUCUCAAGAAUUUUGCUAUUAGUUUAUGCCACAUUAUUUCACACAAUAAAAAUGAUAAAUAUUCUUAUGAUGCGCACAAUAAAGUUGAUCAUUAAAAAUUUCAUAAAUGAAAAAUUCAUACUCUAGUCCAUUUUAGGCCAAAGCUAAAUUAAAAAAAUUAGAAAGAAAUUUAAAAAAUUUAUUGAUUGCAUUUUUUGUGUUGGAUGAGAAUGAUGAUGAUGAUAUGACAAAGAAAAGAUUGUUACUAUUCGAAUACAUUUUAUAAAUAAUGCCUAUUGCAAAAAAACUAAGUGCCCAUUUCAAUCGUUUUAUAAUGAAAUUAAAUCAAAUCAAAUCUAACUCAAAUACAAAUUAUUUGUUAAAUUAGAUAGUAUAAUAACGUUUCCUUAAUAAUGACUUAAAUAAUUUUAAUAUUAUGUAUUUUUGUUAAUCUGUUGCAUUGUUAAAUAAGAAUAAAUAUUUACUUUUAUGUAAAUACAUACAAGCGAGUGGAAAAAAAAAAUUUGUAAUAAAUUUAUUUACUGGUAUAUAUAUGUAGAUUUUAUUAUAUCGAACAAUUUAAGAACUAUCCAAUAAGAAUUUACUAUUUUAUUUACAAAGAAAA